AUGAGACGCUACUUUUUCAUGCUCACACUCGUGACGUGCCUCACUUGGCAUGUUGUCAGAACACAGAACACAGGGGGUUGCCAUAUACCUCUGGUCAUCAGAGGAUCAUGGUUCUCCUGGGAAAACGGAAGGAACACCCUGACUGAAAUAAAUGCCAAUAGCAUGACUGGCCGGGGUACAUGCGUGAACGUGAUGGAGGAGUAUCACGUUAAUUAUACGUUUGUGUUCCGCGACGCAAAUACUCCGACUUCCUACGACAGCUGCUACCACUGUGUGAAGCUCCUCGUCCGAACGGUGAAUGUACUGGAGAAGCUCGAAGUGAGCUGCGUAAACCUGCCCAAUGGGAUAGAACCCACGGUGGACAACGUCUGCAGAGGCUUAAACGCGAACCAGCACCUGAUAACGCUGUUCUCGGAGAAUUAUGUGCCCGUGAACUGCAGAUCCUCCUUGGAGGGGGUCUGGCAGUUCGCCUAUCAAAAUCGGUUCAGAUUUACGGGGGAAUGCAACAAUCCAGACGCGCAGAUAAAGUCCUGCCAGACCGCGGGAACCCAGUUUCUCAUAACCAAUCAGAAAUUCAACAUCACGUACAAGAGAUGCCCCGGCAUGAAGGGAACCUUUGACGGGCUGGUAGAGUACAGCUGCCUGGGCGACUGGUUCGUCGACAAGAAUCACUUCUUCGCGGUGGCGAAUACGAAGGAGUCGCGGAAGGACGAGAAGUACAGGUGCUUCUUGAAGAAUCGCGACGACGACUUGUACAUCGGUGUGUCGAUCACCGCAGAGUGCAACACUCUGAAAACUGUUGAGAAGAGCCCCGAGCGUCUGCGAAUCACCCCGGUCAAGGCGGAGAUAGUUGAGCCGGGCUGUCGCUUACCCGAGGACAUGUCUGGGAAUUGGAUCAAUACCGCCAACAUCGACGCAGACAUCUUCAUCAACGAGACGCACAUCAUCGAGACUUGGUACCCGGACGUAGGGCGGUAUCGACGAACGAUUUACGUUUGCCGCGAGCAAAGGGACUCCAGAGUCAUGAUGGCGAGAUUGACGGUUGAUGGAUGCCAGAAGGACUACGUUUGCUUCGACUUCGUACGGCGACAUCACAACGUCAUCAGGUAUCGACGCGGGGUGGCUGUGAUAAAGGACGAUUUUCAUACGGUGUGUUCCUGGGUUCAGUUUCCCAACAAGGAAUCCUGGAAGUUCGACCUAUUUUUAGCGAAAAAUCCGGUCCCGGUGCGCUGCCCGAUAGCUGGGAAGUACAUGUUCCAUCAGAAAGGGGACGUCAUGUUCGAGACCAGGAUUCUGGGUGGCGUCACGAAAUCCCCUCGGCCGAACAUUUAUUGUAAACAGAAUAUCUCGGACUUCUCGGUGUGCAGUACUGAUCAGAAGGAGAUCGCCAUCGAUGAAACUUACUGCCUGUCCGUGGACCACUUGGGAAAACCAGUCGACAUCUACAGCGAUCCGGAUUACAUAAUGAAGUGCAUCGGAUAUUGGAAGGAGAAUUUGAAGUCGUAUCUGAUUACGUACGAUGAGUUGGAUCCCUUCAGUAAGUACCGCUGCUGGGUGUACCAGAGGGCCGACUUGAACAGGGUGCUCCUGUCGCAAGCUAUCGGUCCGUUCUGCGAUCUCAAGCAAGACGUGUCGAGUCAGAAUUACACGGAAGGCGCCGCGGUCGCGCUGGAACUGCAGGAAUACGAGCGAGAGCGCGACCGAUGCCCGAUGCACUUCGAUGACGGCAGCAAUCCUUGGGUGCAAACGGAGAAUUUCGUCAACGUCUUCCACUUCGGCAGCGGCGCUAGCAUAAAGAGCGGUUUCCCGUUCUUGUUUAUCGUACCGCUAGUGGCAAUAUUUUAUUUUAAAAGUGUGUAAAUAAUUCAGAAUUCGCACGAAAAAUCGAGCCGUCCGUUAGUUUCCGUUUAAGACCCGUUACGACGUCACGAUAGAGAUUUUAGACAUGAAAAUAUCGUGAAAACAUUCGAAACAAUUUUUACACGCGGGCUUGGCACGCGCAUAUCCACAUAGUUCCGUCCAUUAUGAGAUUUUAUGAUGAUAUGUGAUCAUAAGUGCCUCAAACACUAUCUCACAUCAUUUUUUAGAUAGAUGAUGUACCAUGUAGAUAUUGUUCAACUCACUCCAACGUAUCCGAAAUCCGUCCAAAGGGAAUCUCUUACGUGUAAGAAGUGAAUUUGCAACUCACACGCUAAACAUUAUUUUAUCUUGAGUGUGUAAGUCGAAAUGAUGAUGUCAAACAAGAUCUUUUAGUCAAGUACUGCCUGAUAGAUAACAAGGAUCGUAAUAGUCUUUUAAUUGAAUUAACAACAUAUUAAAAAAGGACUCGAGUGGUAAUUUUAUAAUUUUUAAGACAGGUCAAAUUUUAUUUUAGUAUAUUUUAGAAUUUUAUAUAUAUUUUUUUCUUAAAUGUGUUUUAAUCAUAUGCACAUAUGGAAUAUAUUUAUAUUUAAGAGAAAUUUUAAAAAGUAAUAAAAUGCGCAAAACGACGAAUUUCUUGUCAUGUGCAUCGUGUGCAAGAGCGAAUGCAUGUCACAAUUUUACUAAAGUUCUUACAUUUAAGAAAACACCAUUUUGUACAAUUUAUGCAAUAAUAAGUAAAAUUGUUUGUAAUAUU